AUGGCCGCUAGUGGCCUCGGCCUCUCCACCUCAUUCCUCCCCGGCCACGACACGCUCCUCCGGCGCCGGCGCCGGCGCCGGCGGCCGGCGAGCCCCGCCGCCGCGUCGUUCCGGCCGGUGACGGCGGAGCUCGGCGGCGUCGCGACGGAGCUGGGCCGGCAGCUGGUGGAGGCGGUGGGCGUGGGGCUCCCCUGCACCGUCAUGCAGUGCGGCGACGUCAUCUACCGCAGCACUCUCCCCCAGAACGACGGGCUCACCAUCACGGCCCCCGGCGUCGCGCUCGCGCUCGCCGCCGUGUCGUACCUCUGGGCCACGCCCGGCGUCGCGCCGGGGUUCUUCGACAUGUUCGUCCUCGCCUUCGCCGAGCGCCUCUUCCGCCCUACCUUCCGCAAGGUGGGUUUCGCGCUUGAAAUUCGGAAUCCUAAGUCCUCUGUCGCCACCGUAUGUGCUGAUAUGGUGCUUGGGCAGGAUGACUUCGUGCUCGGGAAGAAGCUUGGGGAGGGCGCAUUCGGGGUCGUGUAUAAGGCGUCACUGGCGAACCCCGAAGCGGCUAAGAAGCAAGGGGAUGUGGUCUUGAAGAAGGCAACAGAGUAUGGUGCAGUGGAGAUUUGGAUGAAUGAACGUGUCAGGAGGGCAUGUGCCAGUAGUUGUGCGGAUUUUCUUUAUGGCUUUCGCGAGACCAAAGCAAAGGGUAAGGGAGCUGAAGAAUACUGGAUUAUUUGGCGUUUUGAAGGCGAGGAUACACUUUAUGACCUCAUGCAAAGCAAGGAAUUCCCUUACAAUGUGGAGACAAAAAUUCUUGGCAAUGUCCAGGACUUGCCAAAAGGAAUAGCGAGAGAGAAUAAGAUCAUUCAAACGGUGAUGAGACAACUCUUGUUUGCUCUUGAUGGACUUCAUUCGACAGGGAUUGUUCACAGAGAUAUAAAACCUCAAAAUGUGAUAUUUUCAGAGGGAUCACGAACCUUCAAAAUUAUUGAUCUUGGAGCAGCAGCUGACUUACGAGUAGGAAUUAACUAUAUUCCUAAAGAGUUCCUUUUGGAUCCAAGGUAUGCUGCACCAGAGCAAUAUAUUAUGAGCACGCAAACCCCAUCUGCUCCUUCUGUUCCAGUUGCAACAACUUUGUCUCCGGUCCUGUGGCAGCUGAAUCUUCCUGACAGAUUUGACAUAUAUAGCUUGGGGCUCAUAUUCUUACAGAUGGCAUUCCCUUCACUACGAACUGACAGCAGCCUCAUACAAUUUAAUCGCCAACUGAAGAGAUGCGAUUAUGACUUACAAGCCUGGAGGAAUCUGGUGGAGCCACGAGCGACUGCUGAGCUUCGGAGGGGCUUCGACAUCAUGGAUCUAGACAAUGGUAUCGGAUGGGAACUCCUCACGUCGAUGGUCCGGUACAAAGCACGGCAAAGGACCAGUGCUGAGGGCGCAUUGGCACACCCAUACUUUAACCGUGAAGGGCUCCUUGGCCUCUCGGUCAUGCAAAACGCUCGACUGCAACUGUUCCGGGCAACCCAGAAGGACUACAGUGAAGCCGCUCGGUGGGUUAUUGGCCUCAUGGCAAGGUCAGGAACUGAAGAUGUGGGAGGCUUUACAGAAGCACAGCUUCUAGAGCUUAGGGAAAUAAAACCAAAGAAAGGCAGUGCCCAGCGGAACGUGCUUGCCUCUGUGCUGCGCCUGCAGAAGAAGAUCGUGAAAACGAUCAACGAGAGCAUGGACGAGCUCGCCAGCCAGCGCAAAAGCAUCUGGUGGAGCCGGUGGAUACCCAGGGAGGAGUAG